UAUGUCAUGUGGUGGUCUUUGGCUCUUUGGCAUGGCUGACAAAAUCGAUACCAAGUUCGUCUGGCUUCCGAGUUCCGUCCCAAGUAGGACGGUCCAAGCAAAUCUCGAGAAAAACGGCCAAUCAACCAUUUACGGGAGCUAUCUUUCAGGCCUGAGUUCACUUAAAGGGUCCCUGCUUGGUUUGCUUAUGAGACUGACUAUUGUUUGUGGAGUUGAAUAAUAUCUGCAAAUGUCAAGUCUUCUUAAUAUAUAUCACUGUAGCUCUCUUGGAUACUCAGGACUCUCUAGUAGGGGAGGUAUAACUGUUGGAAACUGUAGAUGGGUCUGGCACAGCGGUGGAGUCAGGUUGUCGUUUCCAAGAGCUGAGUCUUCAUCCAUGAGUAUAAACAUUGCAAUGGGUUGUACGUUUCAGCAUGGGAGAGCAAAAAGCUUAAGUCAGGAAAACGUAGUGGAGUUAUCUGAUGAAAACGAUGAUCUAUGUCCUGUGGAGUGUGUCACUGAGUUCAAGACCGAUGAUGAAUUGCUUAGAGUCCUUGAAAAGUCGAAAGAAACUAAUUCUCUGGUCGUGGUUGAUUUUUAUCGCACUGCUUGUGGGAGUUGUAAAUACAUAGAGCAGGGCUUCUCAAAACUGUGCAAGCAAUCUGGUGACCAAGAAGCUCCUGUUAUCUUCCUUAAGCAUAAUGUGGUAGAUGAAUAUGAUGAACAAUCUGAAGUCGCAGAAAGGCUCCGUAUCAAGGCGGUUCCUCUCUUCCACUUCUACAAAAACGGAGUUCUCUUAGAAUCAUUUGCGACUAGAGACAAGGAGAGGAUCGACGCUGCUAUUCUCAAAUAUACAUCCUCGGAAUCUUGAAGCACAUUAGAUAUAUUAAACCGCAUUCUUUCGGUUAUCUUUACCAAAUCAUUGAAAAUGAUGUAACUAUAUUGAACAACAAAGCAUCCUUCUUCUUGUAAGAUGUCAUACUGAAUAAGACAGAUGCAACAUUUUGAUCUCUUUUCUAUUUUUGUUUGCCUUUAUGUCUUCAUAACCCACA